UCCCCGUCGGGGAGUCACAAGUCUCACUGGCAAGGAAACAGAGGACUUCAAAUACACUCACCUGUUUGUUCAAUCACUGAGACGUGUUACGUUCACAUCCAGUCAAGCUACACUAUAACACGGCUCCUGUAAUAGCGUGUCCAGCUACCUCUGGAAUGUGUGACGUCUUCACGACAUCUUGAAAGCAGAGAAUAUACCUGCUAACAGGUGUACACUCUCUAAGCAUGGAGACGACAUAUCUUGGAGUGUGGGACUAUGUGGUGUUUUCACUGACGUUACUACUCUCUGCUGCUAUAGGUGUUUACUACGCCAUCAAAUCAAGGAAUGAAAGUUCAAUUCAAGAAUUUCUGAUGGCUUCUGGAAAUAUGGGCGUUAUACCUGUGGCUAUGUCCAUUCUACUCUCCUUCAUGUCCGCCAUCUUCAUCCUUGGUUUCCCCGCGGAGAUUUACACGGAAGGGACCCAGUUUUACCUGCAGGUGCUCGCCAGUAUGUCGGGCUGUGUUGUGUCUGCGCUACUGUAUGUCCCCAUGCUUUACCCACUGAAACUAACAAGCGCAUUUGCGUAUCUGGAGAAGCGGUUCGACUCCCGUGCCGCCAAACUGACAGGGACAUGCAUCAUGAUAAUUCAGCAGGUGUUGUACAUGGGAAUUGCAUCGUUUGCUCCAUCAACGGCUUUAGAAGCGGUCACUGGGUUUCCGACAUGGGCCACCAUCAUCACUGUAGGACUGGUGUCAACGUUCUACACCUCACUGGGUGGAAUGAAAGCAGUUGUGUGGACAGACGUGUUUCAGUCAGUGGUGAUGCUUGCCGGGCUACUAGCAAUAGUCAUUCAGGGAUCCAUCGUGGUUGGCGGCAUGGGAGAAGUGUGGAGAAUUAACGAAGAAUGGGGAAGAAUUAAUUUCUUUAACUUUGAUCCAGAUCCCACUGUCCGCCAUUCCUUCUGGUCACUGGUCAUUGGUGGGAUGAUAGGCUGGACGGCGACUUACGGGGUCAACCAGGCCAGUGUCCAGCGCUACUGUGCACUGCCAACACUACAGAAGGCCAAACUUUCGGUGAUGCUGAAUGUCAUUGGCGUUAUCAUUCUAUUGACCAUCGUGUGUCUUGCCGGAAUCAUUAUCUUCGCCUAUUACGCUAAAAAAGGAUGUGACCCACUGUCUGCAAAAUACGUCACUAACUCGAACCAACUGAUACCCUACUUCGUGAUGGAGGUGCUCGGAUAUCCCGGUCUCCCAGGAUUGUUCAUCUCAUGUCUCUUUAGUGGAGCACUCAGCACGAUGUCCUCCUGUCUGAACGCCCUGGCUGCUGUCUGCUGGGAGGACUUCCUGAAGCCAGUCCUCGGGGAAAGACUGACCGAGGGACAGAAAACACUCGUUACAAAAUUGUUGGUUCUGUUUUUCGGUGGCGCUGGUAUCGGGAUGUCUUUUAUGGCAAUGAAUUUAGGAGGAACAGUUUUACAGGCAUCGUUGAGCUUCACUGGGGCUGCCUCGGGGCCUCUGCUGGGGAUGUUUGCUCUCGGCGCCUUCUUCCCAUGGGCCAAUUGGAUUGGAGCAGUGGUCGGAGGUAUUCUAGGGUUGGCGUUUCCCUUGUGGAUCAGCAUAGGAGCCUACACGGUUGUGGGAGCUCCAACUGGCCUUGACUACCCAACAUACAACUGCAGCGUCCCCAACACCACCGACUCCAUGACAACAACAAUGUCCUCCAUCAUGACAACUGGGCCCGUCGAAUAUACUGGUAUCAACGCCCUGUACACCGUGUCAUAUUUGUGGUACCCGGCUAUUGGAGCAGCGACAGUGAUCAUUGUUGGUCUCAUUGUGAGCGCUAUCACGGGUAUGAAUCGACUAGGUGAUGUGGACACAAAGUAUCUGGUACCUUUCUUCGACCGACUCUUCUGCUGCCUCCCCGGCCCAAUCAGCAGGUGUCUCCGUUGUAACCAGGAGUUCAGAGACCCGGAGGAAAUAGCAUCUGAAAAGGAUGAGGAGAUUGUGAUACCAGCGUCUGGUGAUCUUGUCAGCAGUUCCGGCAAGGAGAAGUUACCCCUGAACGGGUCGGGACAUAUGCCUGUGUAUGGAUUAUCAUAUAAAGAGAACAACGAAAAUAAAACCGGAUUUAUCAACCCAGCUGCCGAUGUCUUCAACGAUCAGAAACAGCAAAACGGAACAAAGUUCUGAAUCACUCUUUAUAAGGAUCUCAAAUUGAUAAAUGUAUUCAAAUGUGACCUGUCAGGAGAAAAGGAACCUUAUGCGUGCUGUAGAAAGACGUUUCACGCAACCUACUUCCUUAAAAAUCUCCAUUUAGAUCUAUGUGAACUGUACAAACAUAUCUUAUUUUCUCUUGCUAGGUCGUAAUGUAAUAAAAACAUUACGCCAAAACAAAGUAGCACAUAUGUCUACUAUCGAUUCAUCGGUCACUAUAUCGAAAUUUGUACUACAGUUCCAAGGCUGAAAAUGGGAUUUGCAGAACAUUAGUCCAACUGUUUGAAGCCAGGUAUCUCUUGAAUGAAUAUGUAUUGAAGCCAGUGGAUUGUGUUCCUGUGUUCCUGAGAUGCUGUAGUAAUAAAAUAUGAUGAGAAGUCUAAAUGUGACGUUUCACCCAUAAGGUCCCUUAUCUCAUAGUUGGUCACGCAUGUUGAUUCAUGUACGGUCACGUUGAUAUCCAACAACUAUUUUAUACAACACAAUGUGUUGUAGAGGAUUUCUUUUUGUUAUAUCAUCAUUUCAUAGUGAUUCAUAAACACAUGCUCAUGACACAGUCGGAAUCGUACAAUCGACUCUUCUUUGAGCAGAGCUUUCGUUCAGGGGUUUUCUGUUUGAUACACACCUCUGUAUGUAUCAGUAUGUAUCUGUAUGUCUCUGUAGAUUCAUUACAACAUGUAGCAGGCUUUCAAAUUUCGAAUGUAUCAACAAGUGAACAACACUUUACGUACAGUACGUAUUUAAUAUCGCUGAACAUACGCCCGUCGACGUGGUUCAGUGGAUCGAGUGUCUCCCUGCAGAGCGGAAUGUCAGGGUUUUGAUCCCGGCCGCGUCAUACGAACUACGUAACACGCUCACACACACUAUGGCAAUUUCUCACACACACGCACACACACGUGCAUGCACGUCAAUUUUCGUCAAAUGAUCUUAAACCACAAUUCCUUUCACCUUAUAUAGUCAGGUUUUUCCUUUUCUUUGUGAGAUUGUUUUACCUGUAUGCAAAACCUAUUAAUAAAACCAAUACAAUGCCAUUUUGAACUCUGAUUAUAUAUCGAUGUGUAUAUAGUUUUAAGAUAUGUGAAUGUUGCUUGUGUAAAAAGUGAAUACAAUAUGUCUCUACCCAUCAUCAUUAGAUGUGUAUAUUCAUGAAUAAACAGUUUUAUACUUUUACUAAAA